AUGCCAUCUGCCAACAGUGUCGAACACCCAAACACCCAAAAGGAGAAAGUCGAAGAGUGGAAGAAGCGAGCACCAUACCGCAUCCACGAGUCAAACGAACACUUCAAAGCACGAUACGAGGCAAGCUGCCACUGUGGCAAGGUGAAGUACGAGCUGAGCCGGGAGGAGCCUCUGGAUAGCAAAUUGUGCCAUUGCACGACCUGCCAGACGUCUCAUGCUGCCCCCUUCCAGUGGGCAGCCAUCUUUCACAAGGACGAUAUCAACUUCCGUGACGGUCAUCACCAUCUCGAGUGGUAUGACCCGUCUACGAAGAGUGUUGAGCACAAGCUACCGUGCAAGGUUCGGUGCAACUACUGCCAUUCGCCGAUUAUGGAUGAAGGCCGGAAUAUGAUCUUGCUCUUUCCUAGCUUGAUCAAAUUUCAAAAUGAUCAGGAGAAGAGGAAUUUCAAGCCGAGACUGCACAUGUUCUACCGCGAGCGAGUCAUGGACAUCCCAGACGGACUUCCCAAGUGGACUGGCCUGAAUGAGGGGGAGGGUUCUGAUUUGAUUGAAGACAGUCCCCCGGACAUGAUUCGCGAUCUUGAGCGCAAGCGUGUGAAGGAGCAAAAGGACCGCUCUGCGUCCGAGACUGGAUGA